AGUUAAGGUUCUAGGACAGUAACUUUGCCCUGUUACACAUUAUUUAUUUGUUAUAGUUAUGGGAACUGUAACUUUGAAUUUCUAAACCUAUGAUUUAAAGCAUCUAUUAUGCUUCGUUAGUGCACAGUAGGGCUUUUUUAUUUUUAUUUGAAGAAACCUGAUUAUUUUACUACAAUGCAAAUUGUUUCCUUUGAGCAAAUAUUCUCCACUCAGAGGUAGACUGAAUAAGCUGAACAUAUUCUUAAUCAAGUCAAAACCACUGGAAAAAGUAAAGAUUUACGGAAUAUUCCUAUGGGGUAUAUAUCUAUGAGGAUGGAUAAAUUAGACUGAAUUCCCUAGAAAAGGACUUUUUGCUUCCUCCCUACCAAGAAAUAAACAAAGGAUUAGAUUUAUAGAACAGGGUUCUUUAUAGCUUAACAUUGCUACAAAACAUAUACCAUGCUUUAUGUUAACAAUAUAAAAUGAAAAAAAAACACUACAGAAUUUCCUUAGUACACAAAAACAUCUUGUCUGCUAAUCUGGAUGGGGAUGACAAACAUGAAUAUUGUAAUUAAAUACUGUUAUGUAUUCUGUAUUUGCAUGAAUAAUUUCUUUUCUGUUUACUGACAAAAGGACUGAAGUGCAGUAUAUGUAAUCCUCUAAAAUUGAGUUAUGAAACACACCUUUACUCUUGAUCAGCAGUUUUCAAAACUAUGGGGUGGGCCUCUCAAGGGUGGCACGGCUGUCAGCCUGCGGUGGCUGGGGCUCAUGCAGGAGGGCUGUGCACACCUGGGAGGUGGGGAUAAAGGGACCAGUUGGAGCCCCACCACCCAGGCUCAGACUGUCCUGAUCCCAACCCUCUGCCCCCACCCCCUAAACAGGUUAUAAGUUAUGAAAUAGAUUAUUUUCAGGAAUAUUAGCAAAAUUUUUGCUACAACUGAGAACUUGGUAAACCCUCAAGAGCCCUGCCUCCUCUUAAUUUAUAUUCAGCCAUCUGUCCUUAUCAGUACAUAUCAAAUUAUUCUAGUAUCAUGUGUUACAAGCACUUCCAUUUUUUUUAAAUUGAUUUUUACUAUGAUCAACAUGGAAAUAUGUUGCUUGAAAGAAGGGAUGAUUCAUCAUAACUUAAAAACUUUUAAGAAAAAGGAAGGACCAAAGCCUUCUUUCACUUGCAGAGGUUAACUGUCUUUUACUCAAAGCCCAAUCUUAAACAUGAGAUAGAUGGUUUUUUUCUACUUAAUAGAGGUUUUGCCUGUUGUCUAGCCCUCACUGGUUCCCUUAUAGUGGCUGACAUGCUGUCUAUUCAGAUGUGCUUCACUUCUCAUUGCCGCUCAUGAAAUGAACUAUCUUGAGUUACUAGGUUAUAUGUGCACAUGGUGGACAAAUAUUUCUGGCACAUGGACGCCUUGGCAGCGGGUCUGUGUAUUGACAGGACUAAGAUUUAAUGAGUGGUCAUGAAAUGAGGUUAAUGUUUAAAGGAAGGGGCAAGUACACCCUGGGUAAAAACAAAUGUCAAUAAAGCAAGGCCAUGUAUAGGACAAGGCACGACUGAGAAGAAAGACAGCUUCUUCUAGGUGCGUUACCAGGAUAAGGCAGGAGAUGAUGGAAGUGUUCAAAGGAUCAAGAAAGGAUUUAUCAUUUGUUCUCUGAGCGCCCUAAAAUUAAUCCUCAGUAGCGCUUGUUGGCCAUGGGACGCGGCGUCUUCACUGGAGAGAAAGCGGGAAGUCGCGAUCUAGCCCCGCCGGUCCCGGCCCCAACACAGGGGUGUGUCCGGCAGAGCCAGGCGGCGGGGUCCGGAUCUCCGAUCCCGGGAGCGGUGCAGCAGUUCGGUCCGUGCUGACGUUUACACCAGUCUGGCCGGGCAGCUCCCACCUGCCGCCCGCUCAAAGCAACUCUCCCGGGCGGGGGCUCCCAAGGCAGAGGCUGUUUUCCGGCAACAGCGGCCCCAGGCCGCCCCUUCUCCCCGCUCGCUCGAUGAGUGGAAGCGGAGGCUGCGGCGGCAGCUGCGACCGGCCCGAGGCCCCAAGCGGAGCCCUGGUGACCGCUGUAAGGGCCGCGGGCGCCACCUCACCGCGACCCGCCUCAACUGGCCCCGGCGCUGCUCAGGGGUGGCCUGCGCGGAGGCGCCAUUAUUUGAUGAGGCGAAAGAGUCCUAGUUCUCCGGAGCCUCAUCACUCAGGGGUAUCGUCAAGCGCUCGGUCCCUUACGCCCUGCCCGGGCCCGCGCAUACCGCCCUCGCGCCGCUCCUCCACGCCUGUCGCCAGCGCUGCGCAUGCUCAGCUUUCCUCAGACAUGCGUAGUAGCCCUCCGAGAGCUGCCGCGGAGAAGGGGGGAACUGGAACCGGCCCCACCCCUUGUUGCCCUUGUCCUAGCUUGGCAAUUGGCUUCCGCGUGGUUGAGCCCGCCUCCUGGUGCCCGCUCCCAGCUGUUGAUAGGUCCGCGUAGAGGCGGGCCUUCCUUUCCCAUGGCACUCGCUGUCAGAAAGUAGCUGUGCCCCGCCCCUUUCCCAGCCCCCUUGUCACGGCUUCCGUGCUCCCGCUCGCCAUGUACCGCUCACUCCGGCCCCUUCAGCGCCUAGGCAGCACGCGGGGGCUCCUCGCGCUCCAGCUGCCGCCGGGCGCCGCUCUCCUGUGCCAGCCUCAGCAGCGGGUGCUGCCGCCGCGCGCCGCCGGGAUGGCCAAUCAAGACUCUUUUAGAAUAGAAUAUGAUACCUUUGGUGAACUAAAGGUCCCAAAUGACAAGUAUUACGGUGCCCAGACUGUGAGAUCUACAAUGAACUUUAAGAUAGGUGGUGUUAGUGAGAGGAUGCCAGUUCAAGUUAUAAGAGCUUUUGGCAUCUUGAAACGAGCAGCUGCUGAAGUAAAUCAGGAUUAUGGUCUUGAUCCGAAGAUUGCGAAUGCCAUUAUAAAGGCAGCAGAUGAGGUAUCUGAAGGUAAAUUAAAUGAUCACUUUCCUUUGGUGGUGUGGCAAACUGGAUCUGGAACACAGACCAACAUGAAUGUAAACGAAGUCAUAAGCAAUAGAGCCAUUGAAAUAAUGGGAGGUAAACUAGGAAGCAAGGAUCCAGUGCAUCCUAAUGAUCAUGUUAAUAAAAGCCAGAGCUCAAAUGAUACGUUCCCAACAGCAAUGCAUAUUGCUGCUGCACAAGAAGUUAAUGAAGUGUUGUUACCCGGACUACAGAAGCUACAAGAUGCACUUGAAGCAAAAUCCAAAGAGUUUUCCCAAAUCAUAAAAAUAGGGCGCACUCAUACACAGGAUGCUGUUCCACUUUCUCUUGGGCAGGAAUUCAGUGCUUAUGUGCAACAAAUUAAAUAUGGUGUGGCUAGGAUUAAAUCAGCUAUGCCAAGAGUCUAUGAGCUGGCAGCUGGUGGCACUGCAGUUGGUACAGGAUUAAAUACCAGGAUUGGUUUUGCUGAGAAGGUUGCUGCUAAAGUGUCUUCACUGACAGGCUUGCCUUUUAUCACUGCUCCAAAUAAAUUUGAAGCUCUUGCUGCUCACGAUGCUCUAGUUGAACUCAGUGGGGCCAUGAACACUCUGGCUUGCAGUCUGAUGAAGAUAGCUAAUGAUAUUCGUUUCUUGGGUUCUGGACCACGCUCUGGUCUAGGUGAACUCAUCCUGCCUGAAAAUGAACCUGGAAGCAGCAUCAUGCCAGGAAAAGUAAACCCUACCCAAUGUGAGGCCGUAACCAUGGUGGCAGCUCAAGUGAUGGGAAAUCAUGUUGCUGUUACAGUGGGAGGCAGCAAUGGACAUUUUGAAUUGAAUGUUUUCAAGCCCAUGAUUAUUAAAAAUGUAUUAAACUCUGCAAGGCUCCUUGGAGAUGUCUCUGUUUCCUUCACUGACAACUGUGUGGUCGGAAUCCAAGCCAACACGGAGAGGAUCAACAAACUAAUGAACGAGUCUUUGAUGUUGGUGACGGCGCUUAAUCCCCACAUAGGAUAUGACAAGGCAGCCAAGAUUGCCAAAACAGCACACAAAGAAGGGACAACACUAAAAGAAGCAGCUAUUAAGCUUGGAUUCCUUACAUCAGAACAGUUUGAUCAAUGGGUGAAGCCUAAAGAUAUGCUAGGUCCUCAGUAAUUUUAACAAGUGUACUUAACAGGAAAAAAUUAAAUUGUAUAAAACAAAA